CUCACACAUGCUCUCACGCACACAUACACACACUCUCACACACACUCACACAUGCUCUCACGCACACAUACACACACUCUCACACACACUCACACAUGCUCUCACGCACACAUACACACACUCUCACACACACUCACACAUGCUCUCACGCACACAUACACACACUCAUGCAUGCACGUGCAGACAGCCUUUGGCUAUUUUAGGAGGCUCCUCGUCAAGUGGCUGAUGCCGGUACAAAUUUUAAGCUGCGAUCAAUCUGAAAAUGCGAAACGCGAAACAUUAUUUGACACACUGCAUAUUCUCUGUCUGAUAUUCUUCUAAUUGUAAUACAAGUCCUUGGAGAAAGUACAUUGUCUGAGUGUUGUGUGUGUGUAAUCCCUCUUUAUUAUGUUGUGGAAGCUUCUUGAGAAAACACACACCACUGAGCUGAUAAAAUGCUUCAGUAAUAGCUGCUUGCCACACGGUGUGAGACUCUGUUUAAAUCUGGCCUUUAGAUGCUGCAGCCUGCAGAGACUGAGUCACACAGAGCUCUCUGUUUCAGCAGGCAGACACACUCACCAACUGUAUUUAGGUGUGUUCGACUCUCUCACAUCAUGAGUGAGCUGCUGACUCAGAUGCCAUGAAACAGCUCAGACGACCAGGAGAGAGACUGAGGGGUGAAGAGAGGAGGGCUGGGAGAGAGAGGGGAGGAGAGGGGCCUACACUGAGCAUGAAAAACACCUGCCAAAGGAAUUGGCCUGGUUCCAGGAGAGAAAGAGAGAGAGACGGGUGGAAGGAGAGGGAGGCAGAAUGAGAGAGAUGUUUAAGAUGGAGGGAUACAGAGUAUGGAGUGUUCUGUGAGGGGGAAUGAGAGACAGCGACAGGGGCGACCGAGAAAGGAGGAGAGUGGAGUAAAGGGAGAGAGAGACAGGACUGGGAUGGAAACGACGAGUGUGAAUACAGCCAUCUGUUCCUCCCAGGGCCACACUGGUUCAGCCCAUCGGGUUUCCAGGGCAUUCUCUGGGAGAACAAUGUCGGCUAUAUCAUCUGAUUGAAGCUGUCUAUUCUAUAGAGACAAGCCUUUUCUCUCCUGCCCGACAUCAUUACCUGCAUUCAGACGCAUGCUUUCAUCGUGAGACUCUUGAUGAGGGGCAUGGGAUUUUUUUGUCAAUGCAUAUUUGAGCUGUGAAGAACACUUUUGUUACACCAAUCCAGUACUGUAAACUAUUUAAUUAACCCAGACCUGUAUCGCCUUUGAGAGGAACAUGCGGUGUCUCCAAACACCUUUGGUCUCCCACUAAGACACCAGGUGCGGCUAAUAUGACCUUGUGAGGACUAACAAAAUGAAGGACUAUAAUAAUAAAUAAUGUAUUAAGUCAGCAGACUCUUAAUGCAAAGUGACCUACAGAGGGGGAUUUGAACCUGCAACCUCUCUACAAGUGAGCUGUACCCACCGCUGUGCUAUGAAAUCAGAAACCUAUUCUUGUGGUUUCGCACCCAACAGCUUGUGUCUCGGCAUGUCUGCUCCGCUACCUGCCAUCCUGUCGGGAUAUUCAGGCCUCUCAGCGAGAUGAGAACUCAAGCUGCCUUUCCAGCUUGGACACCACGGCACAGCAGACUCGCUUCAUGCAACUGUGUUUGGAAACCGUAAAUAAACAAAGAAACAAAGAAGGAAACCUUGUAUUUAUUAUUUGUUACGUUGAGUAACUUACUAAAUGUGGCAUGCUAUAUCAUAUACCUGUUGAUGACUGUAUGUGUAUCUCAGUGUAAACUCUGUUCAUGUAAAUUAUUCUGAUGGAAUUGCUUAUUGGAUUCAUCUGUCUCAAAGUACCAGACGUGUUCCACCCUGGUUCCUUCAGGGAAUACAAGAGAAAGCUCUACUGUACGUUGUCAGCAUACAUAUGAAGCCAUUUGUUCACUAGUUUGCUACGGAAAUUGAGCGUGGUAUGACGUUCCUUGAGAGUUUUCUAGAAAACAGCAUAUCGAUUAGGACCCAAGCCCACCCCAACGUCAUUUAGGGACGUCUGACGACGCUGCGUCUCGAGACUGCUGGAGCAUCCAGUCGCUCGCUCUCCAUGGUCCUGAAACGCACCGUGCGCCGCAGCGCUUUGCAACUGCCGUGAGUAGAUGGAUGCUCGGGACUCGCGCUCUGUUUAAAAAGGAUUAUUUCACGGACAAUAUAUUGUCUCGCACUUUUCUUUUGAUGGAGAUUCAAGCAGAUAUGAUGCCUAACGGCUCUUUUAGGAAUCUAAACCAAACAGACGGAUUUUUUCUGACGAAUUCAUCUGGAAAUGAAACGCACAGCGAAACACACGGCAGCGCAAUCCUGAUAUCGUUUAUUUACUCAGUGGUGUGCCUGGUUGGACUGUGUGGCAACUCCAUGGUGAUCUAUGUCAUUUUCAGGUAUGCCAAAAUGAAAACGGCUACCAAUAUCUACAUUCUGAACUUGGCUAUUGCGGACGAGUUACUCAUGCUAAGCGUCCCGUUCCUGGUGACUUCUUCACUUCUGCACCACUGGCCGUUCGGUUCCCUCCUUUGCCGACUUGUCCUGAGUGUUGACGCUAUCAAUAUGUUCACCAGUAUUUACUGCCUAACUGUCCUAAGCAUUGACCGUUAUAUUGCAGUUGUACAUCCCAUCAAGGCGUCCCGGUACCGCAGACCCACAAUUGCCAAAAUGGUUAACUUAGGGGUGUGGAUGUUCUCUAUUCUAGUCAUUUUGCCGAUUAUCAUAUUUUCUACGACAGCACCAAACUCAGACGGUUCUGUCGCAUGCAACAUGCAGAUGCCCGAGCCCGAGCGCCAGUGGAUGGCUGUGUUUGUGAUAUAUGCCUUCCUCAUGGGCUUUCUGUUCCCAGUAAUUGCCAUCUGUAUGUGUUACAUCCUCAUCAUUGCCAAGCUAAGAGUGGUGGCUCUGAAGGCGGGAUGGCAGCAGCGCAAAAAAUCGGAGAGAAAGAUCACACUGAUGGUGAUGAUGGUGGUGACCGUGUUUGUCAUCUGCUGGAUGCCCUUUCACAUCGUCCAGCUCGUUAACGUGUUCGUACAGCAGCACAACGCAACACUCAGCCAACUGGCUGUGAUUUUAGGAUACGCUAACAGCUGCGCCAACCCUCUCCUGUACGGGUUCCUUUCGGACAAUUUCAAACGUUCUUUCCAAAGAAUCCUGUGCCUACGCUGGAUGGAUAGCGCAACCGAGGAACCCAUAGACUACUAUGCAACGGCUGUGAAAAGUCGCGGAUAUAGUGUGGACGAGUUCCAACCGGACAACAUGGAAUCAGACAGCACUUACCGGAAUGGCACCUGUACUUCUAGGACCACUACAUUGUAGCAUAAUGACUGGCUUUAUGAUAUGAACAAAUGAAUGUGGCCGUUUGAGUGUUUAAUAUGACUGUUACUUCUACGUCUGUUAACUUGCAAAUGUUUUCCAUAAACGCGGCAUUAAAAUUGGAUGAAUUUAAGCGUCUAAUUAUUUAUUGAUAUACCUUCAGACGGGACUGGAAACAAUAUCUCAAUAAGAUUUGACUCCAUCAAAUAAAAAAUGUCCUA